AUGUGGCUAUGGCAAAAGCUGUCGAGAUUGGGACAUACAGCUUGUUUGAAGCAGAUCCUGGUUGCUUUGCCGGUGGAUGGCAGUUUGACGACGCAUUGCUCUGAUGAUGUUUCGAUUUGGCACUGCCACGUUGGAUGGAGUUUACCUCACUAUGCGGCAAGGGACAACCCUGAAAUGCUCGGUCUCCUGGAGAUGCAUGGCUAUAACUUAAGCAUCGCGGAUGCCCACGGAUGGACGCCAGCCCACGAAGAAGUGCACAUGAUGUACAAGCAGCCGGAGCAGCGGUUGAAGUUCUUCCGCGAGCUGGCGGGUAGGGGUGCUCGCUUGGAUGCUCCAGAUGACAGCGGCCGAACCCCUGCUCAUGUCGUUUGCAUGCAGAAUGAAUCCAGAGUGAAUGUCACUGCAGUCCUAGACACGAUUUACUCUUCGCAUGGGUCUUUGAGUGCCAUUGACAGCCAUGGGUCCACACCAGCACAUAGGUGCUUGCAGGACCCCAAAGCCAUCACGUUCCUUCAUGAUGUGGUGCCAGAGACCUUUGAUGUGAAAAACCGCCAGCGCCGAACUCCAGAGCAACUCGCAGCAUUCGAGCGAGCAGCUUCUCUGAUAGUCUUCGGCAAGCUCCACGCUCUAAAAUGUCGAAGGUUUGACGAGGAAGUUGGCACAUCAUUUGACUGCGCAGAAGAGUCCACCCGCGUACCAAAGGGCUUUGCCAUCAUGUCCAAGACUGACUUCUGCAAGGCUGAAUGUGCCGUGAAAUGUCCCAAUCGCAACGCAUGCCCAGGGGGAGUGUACCCUGGUAGGGUCUGCGACGACAGCUAUGACGCCAAGAGUGUGGGCUGUUCGAGAUGUAAAUCGGAGUAUGGCCGCGGCAACCAAGAUCCGUUUGUUUGCAGCAAGUGCCGACCUUCAUGGCAGAUGUGGAUUGUGCACGUGCUCAAGCCAGUUGGCAUCUAUGUCGUGAGCAUCCGGUCGGCGAAGGCAAACCGGGACUAUCAGAGCGUCCUGUUGAAGAUGCUGUUGUCCUUCGGCACCGUCGCCUCAUCCAUCUGGCCUUCCGUGAAGAAUUCUGGAGCAUAUCAGCAUGCGCUCCCCGGUGUGCAGCUUGCAGCUGACGCAGGUGACGCAUCUACGUCGGCAACGACCCAGUGGCACGGCCCAAGCCUGGACUGCCUACUUGGAGUUCCUCAUGCACCAAUGUGGCAGUGGCUGUGUUUGUCAACAUGCGUACCCUUCUGCCUCAUACUUGUCUCCGUUAGCAUCGUUUGCGUGGGGUCCUUGCGAGCUGGGGUUCAGUUCAAUCUACAGCUGCUCCACAAACUCAUGAAGCCGUAUGCAAUUUUCAUCAACUGCUUCCUGCCAGACCUGCUGGGUGCUGUCGUGCGAUAUGUGCCGUGCAUGCACUUCCAAGAGGGAGACCGUGCAAGGUUUGCAAUCUACGAUGUGACUUCAGCUUGUCCUUGGGAGCUCUACAGAUACACCAUCCUUGUCGCUGCAGUACUGCUCGGGGCGGUUGUUGGGCCCGUGUUAUGGGCGGCCGUGAUCAAGCGCUCCUCAACGUGGCAGCCAGAGGAGCGUCGCGAGGUGGUGGGCUUCUUGACAUCCGGGUACCAGGAGGCUUGGGAAUGGUGGGAGGCUGGAGUGCUCACUCGCAAGUGCCUGCUUUUGAUGGCAGCCUCCCUCUUUCCGAUGAGCUACUGCCCAUUCCUCUUUCUAACCUCCCUUCUGGUCAUCAUGGGUACGAGUCUGACCUUGCACGCGCUGGCAUGGCCAUAUUGCAGCGUUGUCCUCAACCAGCUGGAGCUCGCUGUGCUGACUUCCUCCACUAUCGCGAUCCUCUGUGCCAUGGUCCUCACGCUUCAGCAGAUUGAGUGGACCUUGGACAACAGCAUCACAUUCCCGGCUUUGGCAACCGCACUGCUCCUGCUCCAGUCUCCCUUCAUAGUGCUUGUUUCUCUUCUCCUGUACGAAGUCAGGAACAAAGGUGCAAUGAUCCAAAGUGGGUUCCGCACUUUUUCUGAACAAUGCUGCGUUCGGGAAUCGAAUGCCAUCACAUGA